AUGGCGGCCACUCGUGAGAAGAGAAACAAUGCCGGAUCUCGUAUGGCCAGCCUCCUUGAUGCGGAAGAUGAAGAUGACUUCUAUAAAACUACAUAUGGAGGAUUUAAUGAGGAAGCUGAUGACAAUGAAUACGAGACUGAAGAAUCUGGAUCAGAAAAUACCGACUCUGAUUUUAGCAUUGAUGAAGAUGACGAAGUUAGAAGUGAUCUAGAAGAUGAUGACCAGCCUAAGCGAAAGAAACGAGGAGUGGAUACCAAAGCAUAUAAGGAGCCUAUCAAAAAGACUCCAAAGAUGGCCAAGAGAACCGACGCAAAAGACAAACCUCGUGAAAAGCAGAAGGUGGAGAGAAGUUCUGCAGAUGUCAGUCAAGCUGCCAUAGACAAGAAGUCGUUACGGCGAUCGACCGCACAGAAAUCAAUAGCCACGGAAUUGCGCCUGAAAGAACAGGAGGCUCGGAAUCAGAUGUUGAAGGACAUCGCCGCAAAGAAAAAUGUCACGCAAGUACGGCGUCUGACGCAAGACGAGCUUCUGGCUGAGGCUAAAUUAACAGAAGAGUUUAAUCUGAGGUCGCUGGAGACAUACCAGAGGCUGGAGUCUGAGAAGAAAAAAGCUCGAGGGCAGAAACAGAUGCAUCGUGGACCAAUUAUACGCUUCCAGUCUGUGACAAUGCCCCUGAUAGAGGAGAUGCUGGACCCAGAGAUCAGUGUAGAAGACAGUGAAAACUCCAGAGAUGACGAGUCAGAAAGUCAAAACCCUGUUGGAAAAUGCUCCAGAACUUUUAUCACUUUCACAGAUGAAAAAGUUUUCAAAGAAGUAUUUCCAGUGAAAAGGACGAAAGCCCCAGUCAAACAGUAUUGUCCAGUCACAAGGCUUCCUGCCAAAUACUUUGAUCCUAUCACCCAGAGUCCAUACGCCAAUGCUCAAGCUUUCAAGGUCAUUCGAGAAAACUACCUCCAGCAAGAGCAGCAAAAUGAAAAACGAUUGGCUGAGAUGAACAGUCUUUUGGAACAGAAACGAAGACAGCGAUUGGCUACACCAACACCACCAGCUGUCCAAACAUGACCACUGAGAAUCAUUUGAACGGACUUCUUAUUUUGUUGGAGAAUUAUUACAUUUACCAUUAAACUCAUUGUAAAUACCUGUACACAUACAUUGUAAAUGUAC